GGUCGACACCGGAAGGCGGAAGCGGCGCGGGUCCGGGACCUUGGUUCCUGGCCCGUCGUGAUGCCAAACCUUCAGCUCCUGGUGCUCUUCGGCAGCCAGACAGGCACUGCCCAAGAUGUGGCGGAGAGGCUGGGCCGCGAGGCUCGGCGCCGGCGGGUGCGUUGCCGCGUGCAGGAGCUGGACUCGUACCCCGUGGCGAAUCUGAUUAGGGAGCCCCUGGUGAUAUUUGUUUGUGCGACUACAGGCCAAGGAGACGCCCCGGACAACAUGAAGAACUUCUGGAGGUUCAUAUUCCGGAAGAACCUGCCGGCCACCUCCCUCUGUCAGCUGGACUUUGCCGUCCUGGGCCUCGGGGACUCCUCCUAUGCCAAAUUCAACUUUGUGGCCAAGAAGCUGCACCGCCGGCUGCUGCAGCUUGGGGGCAGUGCCCUCCUGCCUGCCUGCCUGGGUGAUGACCAGCAUGAGCUGGGGCCGGAUGCCGCCAUCGACCCUUGGCUGGGGGCCCUGUGGGAGAAGGUGCUGAGGCUGUACCCGGUGCCCCGGGACCUCACCAGGAUCCCCCCUGGAGUCCCCUUGCCCUCCACGUUCGCCCUCCAGCUCUUCCAGGAAAUACCCAGCGAGGUCCCCCCGGAGCCGUUUGCACCCAGCGUGGAUCCUCAUCAGCCCCCAUCAGAGUCACAGCCCUUCCUGGCGCCCAUGGUCACCAACCAGAGGGUCACGGGCCCCUCACACUUCCAGGACGUUCGACUGAUCGAGUUCGACAUCACUGGCUCAGGCAUCAGUUUCAUUGCCGGCGACGUGGUCCUGAUUCAGCCGUCCAACUCAGCCGCCCACGUCCAGCAGUUCUGCCAGGUGCUGGGCCUGGACCCCAACCAGUGGUUCACACUGCACCCACGGGAGCCAGGUGUGUCCUGCCCACCGGGGCUGCCCCAGCCCUGUUCCGUGGGGCGCCUUGUGACUCGGUACCUGGACAUUGCCAGCGUGCCUCGCCGCUCUUUCUUCGAGCUCCUGGCCUCUCUGUCCCCGCAUGAGCUGGAGCGGGAGAAGCUGCUGGAGCUCAGCUUGGCCACAGGUCAGGAGGCGCUGUGUGAAUAUUGUAGCCGACCCCGAAGGACCAUCCUGGAGGUGCUGUGUGACUUUCCGCACUCCAGCGGCGCCAUUCCCCCAGACUACCUGCUGGACCUCAUCCCACGGAUCCGGCCAAGAGCCUUCUCCAUUGCCUCGUCGCUGCUGGCUCAUCCCGACAGGCUGCAGAUCCUUGUGGCUGUGGUGCAGUACCAGACCCGCCUCAAGGAGCCCCGCCGCGGCCUCUGCUCCUCCUGGCUGGCCUCCCUGGACCCUGGGCAAGGACCCAUCCGGGUGCCCCUGUGGGUACGGCCAGGCAGUCUGGCCUUCCCGGAGUCCCCAGACACACCUGUGGUCAUGGUGGGGCCUGGCACCGGUGUGGCCCCCUUCCGAGCAGCUGUCCAGGAGCGCGUGGCCCAGGGCCAGACUGGAAACGUCCUGUUUUUUGGCUGCCGCUGGCGGGACCAGGACUUCUACUGGGAGGCUGAAUGGCGGGAACUGGAGAAGAGAGGCUACCUGACGCUCGUCACAGCCUUCUCCCGGGAGCAGGAACAGAAGGUAUACGUGCAGCACCGGCUCCGGGAGCUGGGGCCCCUCCUCUGGGAGCUGCUGGAGUGCCGUGGCGCUUACUUCUACCUGGCAGGCAAUGCCAAGCACAUGCCAGCAGAUGUCAUGGAGGCCCUGACCUGCAUCUUCCAGGAGCAUGGUGGGCUCUCCAGCUCUGAUGCCACGACCUACCUUGCCAGCCUCCAGCGGGUGCUGCGCUUCCAGAUGGAGACCUGGGCCUGAAGGGGCGCCUUCCAGCCCACAGCCACCCUGACUGCUGUUCGGGGCCCGUGGGGAAGCUUCUCAUAGAGGAGCCAGCAGCACCUCCUGCCCUGGUCCUUAUCACACUCCGAAGGACCAGGGUCCGACGCUGUCAGCCCCGACUGCAGCCUGACUCCCACCCCGCUCUGUCCAUGCCCUGCCUGUGUCCCCCACUUGGGCACGGGGCACUGCCAUCUGCCUGGGUACUCCCAGCCACUCCAUGGCAGCCUGGGGCUCAUGCUGCUCCCAGUUCCCCUGUGCACCCACAGGGCUCAGGCUUCGGCCAGAGGCUGCCAGAACCCCACGGCCUAAGCAGCGUGAAGAGCCCAGGCCAGUCCCUUUUUCUCUUGGUCCCAGAAGCCUUGGCAGUAAAUGUGCCCUCUGGGCAGCUGUUGA